AUGGAUUCUGAACAGCUACCAAUGUCGCGGCAACACAAUGAUGCGCCAGUACCUCCCGUCGAUGAGCCGUGGAAGGACGAGGUGAAAGAUGAGGCGGCAUCUUCACAGCAGAAAGCCACCGAUAUGCCCGCUAGCUCACAGCCAGACAUGAAGGACUUCGCCGCAAGUCCACAGCACAGGAUGCAAGAGACGACUAUGUCUAUAACACCUGAGAAGAGAAAGACAUUCGCAUCGUCUCAGGAAGAGAUCAAAGAAGCAACUGCAUCUCCCCAGCAAGAAAUCAAGCCAGAAUUAGCAUCCUCGCAGCAAGAUACCAGAGAUGUCACAGCGUCCUCGUCAGGCCCACUCCAAAGCUCUUCACCACUCACCAAAACGAAAGCCGAAGAGCCACGAACACCCACCAAUCCCCGCUUAGCAUCCCUCAACACCAAACGCCAAACCCUCGAACAAAAACUCGCGGCACUACAAGCUGAACGCCGGACCAUGAUCUCCAAUACCAAACUUCCCUCCGGCCUCGACAUGCCCUCGCACUGGUCCGACGAAGACAAAGAAAAACAUGCGAUGAAGACUGCGAAUGCGACGAUUAAGGAGCACAUCGGGUUGUUGCAUCGGUAUAACGAGAUCAAGGAUAUUGGGCUGGGAACGAUGGGGUUGGUGGCGGAGAAAAGAGGUGUUAGGCAAGGGGUUAUUAUGGAGGAGUUUGGCAUGGGAAGUGAGGACUGA